AUCUCUCUGUGCGUCAUUAGCACGGAUGCUGGCCAACUUGCGAUGAAUAUUUUGUUUGUCAAUGUCAUGUUCCUUGAUUUGUUUUGCUCAAGAUUGAGGAUUUUUCCACUUCCAUCUUCAGUAGAAGGUACUUAUUUCAAAGGACCCUGGAAGUGCUUCCGUCAUUGAAGCCCUGUAUCAGCUACAGUGAGCGCCAUCAACAAAACUAACAAGAGAGCGCUUCAUCCAAACGUCAAACAAAAGAGAAGCAGACAACCAAGACAUGACUGCGUCCAAACGAAUGAGAAACAAUUUGUUGGUGACAUUUGUGGAAAAAGGAUUCUCGACUAGUAGUAUCCUACAAAAACAUUACAGGGUCCACACUAAAAAACAAACCAUAUGUUUGUCACAUUUGUGCUAAAGGCUUCUCGCAUAAUGGAAACCAACAAAGACAAACCAGGGUCCACACCAAAUGAGAAACCAUUUGUUUCUGACAUGUGUGUCAACAGCUUCUCCCAGAAAGGUGUUUUUGUUUGUAAUAUUUGUGGCAGAUGCUUCUCUCAUAAUAAUAGCCUCCAACGACAUAGGACUAGCCACACUAAUGAGAAACCGUUUGUUUGUGACAUUUGUGGCAAAUGUUUCUCAGAGAAAAGUAUACUUCAGAAACACAACAGGGCCCACGCUAUUGAGAAACCAUUUGUUUGUGACAUAUGUGGCAGACGCUUCGUUUAUGGUAGUAGCCUCAAAUAUCAUCAGAGUGUCCACACUAAUGAGCACCCGUAUGUUUGUGACAUCUGUAGCAAAGGCUUCCCUAAGAAAAGUGAACUUAAGCGACAUCAGAGGGUCCACACUAACGAGAAACCAUUUGUUUGUGACGUUUGUGGCAAAAGCUUCACACAAAACGGGAACCUUCUACACCAUCAAAGACGUCAAAGUCAUGAGAAACCACUUCUUGUUGAAGUUUGUGGCAAAACCUUUUCGCAGAAAGGCAGUUUUCACGAUCAUCAGAUGCUCCAUACUAUAAAAAAGGAACCUUUUGUUCAUAACAUUUGUGGGAAAGGCUUCCCUACGAAAACUAUGCUUCAACGACGUCAGAGGGUCCACACUAUUGAGAAACCAUUUGUUUGUGACAUUUGUGGCAGACGCUUCGCUCAUACUGGUAGCCUCAAAUAUCAUCAGAGUGUCCACACUAAUGAGCACCCGUUUGUUUGUGACAUUUGUAGCAAAGGCUUCUCUAAGGAAAGUGAACUUCAGCGACAUCAGAGGGUCCACACUAACGAGAAACCAUUUGUUUGUGACGUUUGUGGCAAAAGCUUCUCACAAAACGGGAACCUUCUACAGCAUCGGAAAAUACACAGCAAUGAGAAACCAUUUGUAUGCGAAGUUUGUGGCUAUUGUUUUUCGCAGAAAGGCAGUCUUCAAAAUCAUCAGAAGGUCCACACUAAAGAGAAACACUUUUUUUGUGACAUUUGUGGCAAAGGCUUCUCUUGGAAAGGUUCGCUUCAGCGACAUCAAAUGGUCCACAGUAAUGAGAAACCAUUUGUUUGUAACAUUUGUGGCAAAUGCUUCUCUCAUAAUUAUAGCCUCCAACGACAUAGGAUUAGCCACACUAAUGAAAAACCGUUUGUUUGUGACACUUGUGGCAAAAGUUUCUCUGAGAAAAGCAUACUUCAGCGACAUGAUAGAGUCCACACUAGCGAGAAACCAUUUGUCUGUGACAUUUGUGGAAAAGGCUUUUCACAAAAAGGUAACCUUCAACUGCAUCUGAGAGUUCACACUAAUGAGAAACCAUUUGUCUGCGAAGUUUGUGGAAAAUGUUUUUCGCAGAAAGGUAGUUUUAAAGAUCAUCGGAGGAUCCACACUAAGGAGAAACCAUUUGUUUGUGACAUUUGUGGCAAAGGUUUCUCUGCGAAAAGUACACUUCAGCUACAUCAGAUAGUCCACACUAAUGAAAAACCAUUUGUUUGUGACAUUUGUGGCAAAGGCUUCUCACAAAAAGGUAAUUUUCAACAGCAUCAGAGAGUUCACACUAAUGAAAAACCAUUUGCUUGUGACGUUUGUGGUAGAUGUUUUUCGCAGUAAGUAAGUUUUUUAAAACAUCAGAGG